AUGAGUGGCAACAAUCCCGGCCGAAGCGGUAGUAGCAGUACCAACUUGCGUGACGCCAUGCACUACGGUGAUAGAAUGGAAGCGGAUAACGCAGGUGGGGUGAAAGGUACAGCAGCACACAACACUUACAUGAACCAAGUAAACAGUAGUAAGAACCUGUCCUGUGCGACCCCCCCUUCUUCCUAUCUGAACAGUGCAAACAGCGUUAAUAUGGGAAAGGGUAUGCACUUCAAUCCCAUGUCCAGUGGUGGAGACGGGACAAUAAGCAUAACGAGCAGUCUGCUAAGUAGUAAUGAACAGAACAUGCAAAUGAGGCAACAGAUGGGAAUGAGUAAAAAUUGUGGAGGUGCCUCUACCGCAGGUGCUAGUGCAUCUGGAGCAGGCUUGCAGGAGUCAUACCAGAAGCCCAUGUUAUCAACCUAUAACAUGCAAAUGCAGUCAUCUAUCGGAGGUCACCACCACAUGGUUAGUUCUAAUCAGGCAGGUGGUAAUAGCACCAACCAGAUGGGAAGUAGAUACAACAACAUGAAUUAUUCUAUGCAGGACAUGAACCCAAAUGUUCAUAUGAACAGUGGAAAGGGUCCCCAUGGAAAUAGCGAAAUGAAGCAUAGUAGUAAGGAUCCCAAUUUUUUGGGUACAAAUAAUAUGAAACCGAACAGCUUUGUGAAUAACAUGUAUUACCAGAGGAACGACAUGAUGUUAAGGAACAGCUCCAAUAGUUAUAAUAUGCAUGGGAACUAUUAUGGGUAUAUGAAUAAUGGGUUUUAUGGUGGUCCUGCAGGAUCCUCCAAUUGUUUUAAACAGAAUGCCAACAUGAUGAAUACCGGUAACGGGGCAAGUAACAGUAGUGGUAGUAGCAGCGGUGCGAACUACACAGAUGGUUUGAACGUGGGUAAUCAUGGGGAGGGUUCCAUAAGUAGUAAGCUUGGUGGUAAGGGUGCAGCAGGUAUGGUCGAUAAGUCUGCUUCGUUGAAGUCCAUUCAGGGUAGUAACACCAGCAGUGGCAUGAAUGCAAGUCAAUUAAAUAUGGGAGGUAGGACGCUCAAUGGAAGCGGUAUGAACUCCAUUGGAGGAAGUAACAACAACAGCAGCAACAACAGCAACCACAGCGGUGGUAACAACAACCCCUGUGCGAAGAGCAUGAACAAAGGAAGCAGCGCUGGUGCUGGUGCUGGUGGGGGAGGAUCAUCCAUCGGUGUCGACUCUGCAGGGAUGCCCAACAGUGUUAUGAUGAGUAUGGUUAACAGUAACGUUAUGAUGAAUAGCAUGAGGAUGGGUAGUGGUGGUGGUUCAGGGGGGGGUAAGAAUUCCAUUGGGGGGGCAGGAGGUCUCCCAGGUAUGAACAUGGCAAGUAUGAAUAUGGGCGGCAUGAACAUGGGAGGUUUGAGUAUGGGUGGCAUGCACGGUAAGGGAAUAAACGGCAUGCAGACUCACCGAUCUAGCAAUGCAAUGGAGAAAACCAAUUCUCUUGGUGAUAUGAACAGCAUGAGAUACCACCAUCCUAUCGGGGGAGGCGGUAACAUGUACAACAAAAUGGGGUUCAACAAUUUGAAUGAAUACCCGUUUGAUAAUUAUGCAGCGAACCACAUGUCUGCUAAGGGGGAGUGUGGCCCAAUGAGCAAAGACAGCAAGGGUGCCCUUGGGGGAAAAAAUGCCAUGAAACAUGCAAAGGGUAGCAAAAAUAUAAAGGACGAACUGUUAGAGAAGGAUGGUACUAUAGGCAUGAUGAACAGCGCCUCCCUGAUGAGCGACGCCAAAUCUACAGGCGGGGGAAUAUCCACCAGGAAGGGAAAAGCACCUGUAGGAGCAGCAGGUGGAGUAACGUCUGCUUCGAUGGAGCAAUUCGGUGGUAGUGGAAUGAUGAACAAUGAUCAGCAGUCGGGAGGGAUGUUUAAGAAAUACAGCAAAGGUGGAGACAACCAAGUUGACGUGAAGGAUAAAAAAUUAGGAAGCAGUAACAACAACGGUAAUGUUGUUGGUGGUGAACCGGGUGUGAGCAGUGCAGGAAGUCACCCCUAUAGUAUGUUUCCAAACUACAAUAUAAAGUAUCCAAUGAAUGUAGACAUGUUUGGGGGCAUGGGGACGACCACUCCGUAUGGAUUACCGAAUAAAGGAGGAACCAGUUACCCUAACAUGAAUUUGUUAAAUGGGAUGAGUGGAAGCAGUGAAACCAACCAAAUGACCAACAGCGGUGGAAACGGUAGCACCUCUGCGGGUAGUUCUUACGGAGGGCUAAACAAACUUAGCAGUAUGAACAGCUACAAUAUGAUGAACGCCUAUGGAGACAAUAGGUACAGUAACUUAAAGUCCAUGGAUCCGAUGAAGUCGUAUAACGACGGGAUGGUAAUGGGCGGAGCAUCAGGAGGAGUAUCCCACCAUGGAAGUAGUACUCUUAGCAGCAUGAUGAACAUGGGUGGUGUUACCAACGUGGGUAACGUGAGUAACUACAGCAGCUUAAACAACUUCAUGCACAGUAGGAACUACCCAAAUGAUAUGAACAUGCGUAUGCUGAACAGUAGAGGCAUGAUGGGGGUGAACAACCCAACCAACAUGUGUAACAAUCAGAGCAGCAUGAUGAUGAUGAGUGGGGGAGCAGGUGCAGUAGGAAUGCAUGCGAAUGCAAGUGGUGCCCCUUCCCGGUUUAAGAAUGAAGAGAUGGAUGAAGAGGAGUACGAUGAGGAGGAUGCACAUGAUGGGUCAGACCUCUAUGGAGGUAGUAAAUACAUGAGGAAGAGUGCACUUGGAAAGCAAACGAACAAAGGAAGAAAAUCCGAUACACAGAGGAAAGAUAAAAAGAAAAAGAAAAAGAAGAAAAAUGCAAAUAACUCCCUCGAUACAGAUGAAGAUGAGGACAACGACCUAUACGUCAACACGUAUGCGAAGAAGUCCCAUACGAGGGGCAGUACUAAGAAGUCCCAACUGUAUGACCCUGUAGAGGAUCGAUACAACGAAAGGGCAAAAAAGAAUGAGAAAAACGAUAUUUUUGUUUCUCCGUAUAUUGGUGCAGUGGAAGGAAGAACCAACUUGAGGGAGAGAAGGAAGGUGAAGAAUUACGCACAGAUGGAGAACUACUUCGAAACGGAUGAGGAGGACAAAAAGGUAGACGAGGAGAAAAUGCUGCUCAGGCAGGAGAAGCAGAUCAUGGGGGGCAUCGACCGCGUGCUGCACCAUAGGAGGAUCCUCGACUACGAGAACGUGAACAAUAUAAAGAACAACCCAUUCCUGUAUAUAAACAAGGUGAGUGGCGCAUCUAACAAUGGAACAACUGACAAUGUAGCAGGUGAUAGUGGCACAGUUGGUGAUGGAACAGGUGAUAAUGUGACAGGUGAUAACGGAACAGACGGUAAAGCCGCCGGGGCGAACGAGCAGGAGGACCCCACGAUGGACGACUUCUACGAAGAGGAGGACAUCGAAGACGUAAGUCAAGUGGAGUUCCUAAUAAAAUGGAUGGGAAAGUCCCACAUCCACAACUUCUUCUGUACCUAUGAGUACCUAAGAUAUUUCAACGGAGUGAAAAAGGUAGACAAUUAUAUAAAAAAAAUAAAGCAAUCGUUUCAGAAGAGGAAGUAUAUGACGGCAGACGAAAUAGAGCAAGAGAAAAUAUACUCAGAGAUUAAGAAGCAAAUCGAGAUGGACGCAAUCAACGCGGAAAGGAUAGUAACGCACAGACAGUGUGAAGAAACCGGGGAGCAAUUGUUUCUUGUGAAGUGGAUGAGUUGUGCGUAUGACCAGUGCACGGAGGAGACUAAACAAACGUUAGUAGAUCAUGGGUUCACAAAACUUAUUGAAGAAUAUUUCGAUAGGGAAAGUAAGAUUUGCGGGUUGAAGGCUUAUUCAAGUGUAUGGAAUAGGGGUCCUCUAGCAGCUACCAAAUUCGAACCCUACAAUGAGACCCCAUUUUAUCUGAAUGAGAGGAAGUUAAGGGCUUAUCAGUUGACUGGCCUUAACUGGAUGGUUAGCAGAAUGAAACGUAAUUUAAGUGUCUUAUUAGCAGAUGAGAUGGGGUUAGGUAAAACCGUCCAGACCAUCGCAGUGGUGGGUCACAUGUUAUAUAAGGAGAAGUUAAUUGGACCAUAUCUUGUAAUUGUGCCACAAUCUACAGUGGAUAAUUGGUUGAAUGAGUUUAAGAGUUGGCUUCCCCAAGCGAAUGUCGUAUGUUAUCAUGGAAAUGCCGUCAGUAGGGAACUUAUAAGAACCCACGAAUUGAAAAAGGUCUACGUGGCUAACAAGGGGUUCAGAUACAAGUUCGAUGUGUGCAUUACGACGCCAUCUAUAUUGAACAGCCUGAGCGACGUGGAGUUGCUGAAAAAGAUGCCCUGGCAAUUAAUGGUGGUGGAUGAGGCUCACCAGUUGAAAAACAGACAGUCGAAGAGGUUCAUCGAGUUGAAGCAGUUCAUGGCUGAAUCGAAGUUGCUUCUUAGUGGUACCCCUUUGCAUAACAACUUGGAGGAACUGUGGACUCUACUGCAUUUCUUGAACCCGCAACAGUAUACGCAUUAUGAGAAUUUCCAAAAGAAGUACAACGAAAUUGAAAACACAAGUUUGAUAGGCGAAGCCAAGCAGAAGCAACUCAUGCAGUUGCAACAUGAGUUGCACGAAGUUAUUCUUAGACGGGUUAAGAAGGACGUGGAGAAGUCCCUGCCGAAUAAGGUGGAACGAAUCCUAAGAGUAGAGUUAUCUCCCAUUCAGAUUGAGUUUUACAAAAAUAUUUUAACAAAGAAUUAUGAGCAGCUAGCCAAAGCAUCUGGUGGUGCUAAGAAUUCACUUCAGAAUAUCUGCAUGGAGUUGAAGAAAGUGUGCAACCAUCCCUUCUUGUGUUGCGAGCCGGUAGACAAGGAUGAGUAUAAAGAGCGGUUGGUUUAUUCGAGUGGGAAGAUCUGUCUGCUGGAGAAGCUACUGAUUAGAUUGAAGGAGAGAGGAAAUCGGGUGCUAAUUUUCUCCCAAAUGGUAAAGAUGCUUAACAUUCUUAGUGAGUAUUUAACUUUGCGAGGGUUUAAGCACCAGAGGUUGGAUGGAACCAUGUCGAAAGAAAUGAGAAAGAAAGCCAUGAACCACUUUAACAGCAAGAAUUCAGAUGACUUUGUGUUCCUGUUAUCCACAAAAGCUGGUGGUCUGGGUAUUAACCUAACGUCGGCAGAUACUGUUAUUAUUUACGAUUCGGAUUGGAACCCACAGAACGACUUGCAGGCAGGGGCGAGAGCACAUCGUAUUGGGCAAACGAAAACGGUGCAGAUAUAUAGACUGGUUACCAAGGACUCCAUCGAACAAACCAUCCUCGAAAGGGCUAAGGUGAAAAUGGUUCUGGAUACGCUGGUCGUUCAGGGAUUGAACAAGAAGCAAAACGACAACGUUAACUACAUCGGUGGUGAGGGAGGAAAUACAUCGAACGGAUUCACCAGGGAAGAAUUAUCCAAAAUUUUAAAAUUCGGUGCACAGAAAUUGUGGGAAAAAAACAGCUCGAAAUAUUCCCCUCAAAAAAUGGAUGAAGAGAAGGCAGUUAUUAAAGGAGUAGAUGUAGAUUUAGACAAAAUUUUAGAAGAAGCAGAGGCACAUGAAAAUGCUAACAAUGCGAAUAAGGAUCUGAACUCCGAAUUUAAUAGUCUCCACAAUUCGAAUAAUUUGUUCGCCGGUGGAAGUAGUCUCUUUGGAAGUGGAACAGGAGGAUCACCAACCAGUGCGGGAGCCGGAGGAGGAGGAAUAGCAGAUGACCUACUCAGUUCCUACAACAACAUCACCGAAUUUAAGUACGAACCGCCAGCCAAUUUGAAGAGCAAUAUUUAUAAUGACUCUACGAAGGCGGACGAGUUGGAGGAGGAAGAACAGAAUGACAAAGACUUUUGGGACAGAACGAUCCCGUUAGAAGAGAGACUGAAGUUGAAACGGAUGAAGGAGGAAGAGCUACUCGUCCAUGGACCCAGAAAAACCAGAACCAGAGAUCGACACAACUUAUACGUAGAAUCCGCGAACACACAAGCGAUGAAUGACGAAGAGGACGACAGUGAGGAGUACACCAUAAAAUAUCAUGAUAAGGGAAAAAAUUUGAAAAAGAAAAGAAAAAGAAGAACCUCUACUCAUAUAACCGAGAAGGACAAGUUCCGACUGUACAGGUCGCUUCUAAAGUUUGGUAAUCCAUACCUACGUCUGGAUGAUAUUCGGGUAGAUGCUAAGCUUACCAAAGUGGACCAAAAUGUGAUACUCACGGAGCUAAAUAUUAUUGUAGAUACGUGUAAGGAAAUUGUAGAGAAGGUUGCCAAGGAGGGUUCGUUAAAAGUGAACGAGGAAAGUGGAAUGGCGGCAGGGGGUACAGUUGAUGGAGUCGGUGUAGAUGCUGCAACAGGAGUGGUGGUGGAAGAUGAGGAAGAAGAAGAAAGGGCCGUCAAACGGGUGAAGGAUGAGGCAGAUAUUAAGCUGCUCAAGGAGGAGGAAAAUAAUAACACCACUACAACUACCGAUAGCAACCAUUUAACAGUCGGCUCGUGUGAUGAUUCUAGUGGGAAGAAGUUGGAGGACGGAGCAGAUGAUGCGGGCGUUGUGGCCGAUCAUGCUGCUGAUGGUGUGAAGUCUUGUGAGGAGAAAAAAACGCCAUCCGGAGGGAAGGGAAGUAAGUCCAUGAAGGAUGGAUCGGCUGGUGGGGAGGAUGAAGCAGCAGCGGGAGGAGGCUUCUUUUCGAAGUUUUUGAAUUUGGUGAAGGGCCAGGGUGAAGAGGAGAAAAACGAUGUGGUAGAUGCGGUAGAUGCGGUCGAGGUGGUCGAUGCGGGCAACGCGGGUGAGGCAGUCAAGGGAGAAAUGAAGAAGGAAGCAAAGGAGGUGGACGAACUGAACGGAAAGGAAAAUGAGAACAACUCCAAUGAUGAGAGCGAUGGAAAUAAUAAGACCAAGGGCACGGAACGGGCAAGGAAGGUAGAUGCCUACACGUUCUACAUUGGCACGAAUAGAGCUAACGCGUUGGACCUGUGUCAACGCCUGCAGUUAUUUAAAAGUCUGCAUGAGUUUGUGAAGGAACAGAAUGGUGGAAACGAGUACAGCUUCAGGCUUCCCUUGAGAGCGAGCAGCAGCAGUGCCAGCACGAAUGUGUCCUCCGGGGUUGUGGAGGAGGGGAAGAAGAGUCACCCACUGCAGGGGAAAACCGAGUUAGAUGGUGAAGUGAAGGGCGAAAUUAAGGCAGAAAUGAAGACAGAAAUGAAGACCGAAGAGGGAGAUGUAAAGAUAGAGCCUGUCAACGAUGCGGUCGCAGAAGCGCCCGCGGAAAUGAAGGAAGAAGUGAACGACUACCUAAAGUUGAAGCUCCCCGAUUACAUAUUUAACAACUUAAGGGACCUCGCAACGAAAGAUGUCAAAGCAUGGUCAAAGGAAGACGACGAGAAUUUAAUAAAAGGAGUCUACGUUUAUGGUUUUGGAGCGAUUAACGAGAUUUGCGCAGAUGUAAACCUGAACCUGAGUCAUAUAAAAAAUGUGAAGUGUGAUAAAGUGAAGGUGAGGUGUGUGCGUAUUUUAAAAAUGAUAGAGGAAUUUAAUUCCAACGUGAAGGAUGAGACGACUAGUAAGAAACGUAGAAGAGCGAGGAGUAGGAAUAAGAACGGUGACGUGACUAAAGGGGGAGAAGGGAAAGGAGUAGGUACCAUUGGAGGAAGUAGUUAUAGGAAGAUGAAACAGGAGGAGGAAGAAACCGGAGCGGCCGAUGCAGUAACAGUAAUCGGAUCGACAGGGGGAACAACUAACCUAACGAAGGGAAGCACUGGAAGUAAUCAUAGACAAAGCUACUACAGCAGGAGGAGCAGCGAAAGGGUCAAAGCCAUCUACAUGCAUGAUGAGAAGGAAGACGGAGUUGUUACGAAGAAGAGAGCUGUUUGUAUAUCUGGAGGGUCCGUAAAAAGGGGAGAAAAGGCAGAAAAGGUCGAUCACAUCAAUGGGGGGGAGAAUACCCCGCAUAAUGAAAGAAGGAAAGGUGGCACAAGGUCGUCAGGGUCAGCAAUCAAAGGUGGAAGAAAUUCCAACAACAACAACAACAGUGGUGUAGGAAGCAUGGUAAGCCUUGGCAGUAUAGGCAGCUAUGGAAGCAAUACCAUUAAUAACAGGAAGAGCAACAACCACCCAGGGGGUGGUGAAGCCUCAGAAUGCGGCUCGUCCAACGAAAACAAAAGUUUUGUCAGUAAAGAAGAUGGAGAUAGUGCCGUCAAAGGGAUUGUGGGUUCUGCCGGGGCAGCAGAGAGUAGUAUAACUCGUAGGAGAAGUAACAGAAAUAGUAGCGUUAAAAAGUACAACAUUGCAGACGACCACGAAAGUGGAAACAUGACUCGAAGGAAAAGCUCCCGUGUGAGGAGAGGAAAGAGUGAAACAUCAUCUCCUCUUCCCACAGGGAAAGACAAUGCAGUUACGACAAAUGAAGGGGAUUACCUGGACAGUUACGCGGACCUCAGCAUUGAUCCGGAGGGGGGAGCAGAAAUAGGGACGCUCGAGGUGGAAGGUGAAAUGGAUGGCCAAGUAGAUGGCCAGAUAGAUGACCAAAUGGAUGACCAAAUGGAUGAUCAACUGAAUGACGAGGAAUUUAGGAGAGAGAAAAAAUAUUUAAAAAAAAAAAAAAAAAAAAAAAAAUUAUCAGAUGAUGAAGUGUUGCAUAAAAUUAAGAGCUGCAAUUUGACGGAGAUGAAUCAGCACAGCAUGAACAAGCUAGCCAAGAAGUACGUGAAGAAGUACAAGAAGUUGCUAAGGGUGGUGAAGAAAAUAACGCAACUGGGCGAGCAGGAUCCCCUCCUCCAACAGCAACAGACCGUGGGAGAGGCGGCCGAGCAAGGUAGUAGUAGUAGUGCUACGGCUGCUUCCCCACUGGAUAAAUGGAAGACCCCGGAAAUUAAAGAAAAAAUUAAUGAAUUCAUCCUUUUUAUUGGAAACCAUAUUAGCAAAAUAGCCGAUGUGUGUCCUGACAAGGAAUGCGCCAACAUUUUGAGUAAAUCCGGUUGGGAGUAUGUUUCCAAGUUUUUGGGUGAAACGAGCGACAGUCUAGAGGAGAAAUAUGCACAAGGGCAACGUGAGUGGCAGGCGAAGGAUUUGAACCAGUUGGAACAAACCAAGGACAGUGAGGAUGGAGGAAACUGCCAGGGAUCCAUCACAGAAGAUGACCUCGCAGCUUUCUUUUUCUCCAAAAAGAUCUCUAGCAUGUAUCGUCUACAAGGGGUGGAGGAGGCAGAAGAGGAAGACGAAGACGAUGAGGACGAUGAUGAGCAGUCACAUGACCAGUCCAGGAGGGGUAGAUCAAUGGCAAGCGUCAGUUAUGAAGUGGAGUGA